AUGAUAGCAUUUGAAGACCUGGCCGUGUACUUUAGCUGGGAGGAAUGGCAGAACAUGAACAAUGCUCAGAAAAUCCUAUACAGAGAUGUGAUGUUGGAGACCUACAGCAGCCUCUUCUCCUUGGGGCACUGCAUUACCAAACCUGACUUAAUCUUCAAGUUGGAGCAAGGAGAAGAGCCAUGGAUGGUGGACAAAUGCUUGAAUCAGAGCCUUUCAGGUCAGUCUGCAAAUAAGAGACAGGAGGCCAAAGCAGAAAGUGUGCAUAUGUUGACUGGUAGUCUUUCCAUGAAUUUUUCUCAAGCCUUACUCCUGAUGACAGCUGGUUUUGUGGAUCAGACACAGGCAUAUAGAGAUACCAUGGUCAUGAAAAGGGAUGACCUGGUUAGGAUCAACCAGGAAAGUCAGGACACAAAUCUGAAUCAGGAUUUUAUGAAAAAUAACAAGACAUCAGCUCACAAGAGAAUUGAAUUAAGAAAAACCCUUAGUUUAAAUUCAAGCCAUAUUCCAACACUGAUUAUUAAAAAGGGAAUCUAUUCAGGAUUGAAGCCUGAGGAAUGCAAUAAAUGUCACACUAUGUAUCCUCCCAGUGGGCCUGAUCAACUACAGGCUGGAGAGAAAUUUGAUACCACUACAAUACCUGAAAAAUCUCUCCAGUUCUGUGAGCCUCUUAAUCAGCAUGACAAUAUUCACAUCAUGAAGCAGCCAUUUGGACCCACUGGACAAGCAAAAGUCUUCACAAGAAAGAUGUUCUGGAAAUCUGAGAGGGUUCAUAUGGCAGAAAACUGUAAUAAAUCAACUGUCACUUUUGGAAAAGCAACUCAAAUAGAAAAAGCUAUCCAUGAAAAUUAUAGCCUCAAUAUGCAUCAACAAACUCACACAAGAAAGAAAUUUUAUAAGUACAUUAGCUAUGUUGAACCUGUCAUUCACCAAUCACAUCUUGCAAUAAAUCAGAGACUAAAUACAAGGGAAAAACUUUACACAUCCUUUGGACAAAAGUCAGUCCUCAGGAAAUGUGAACAAAUUCACACAGCAGAGAAACCUCAUGAAUCUAGUGACUGUGGAAAAGCCUUUACACAAAGGUCAUACCUCAUAAACCAUCAGCGAAUUCACACAGGGGAAAAACUUUAUAAAUGCCUUCAUUGUGGAAGAGGCUUUCUAUGGAAGUCAGUCCUCAUCGUACACCAGAGAAUUCACACAGGGGAGAAACCCUAUGAAUGUAAUGACUGUGGAAAAGCCUUUGGACACAAGUCACACUUCAUCAUACAUCAGCGAAUUCACAGAGAGGAGAAACUUCAUAAAUGUAAUGACUGUGGAAAAGCAUUUGGAAGAAAGUCAUACCUCAUAUUACACCAGAGAAUUCAUACAGGGGAGAAACCUCAUGAAUGUAAUGACUGUGGAAAAGCCUUUGGAAGAAAGUCACAGCUCCUCAUACAUCAGCGAAUUCACACAGGGGAGAAACCUCAUAAAUGUUAUGACUGUGGAAAAGCCUUUGCACGAAAGUCAGACCUCAUCGUACACCAGCGAAUUCACACAGGGCAGAAACCUCAUGAAUGUUAUGACUGUGGAAAAGCCUUUGGACGCAAGUCAAACCUCAUGAAACAUCAGCGAAUUCACACAGGGCAGAAACCUCAUAAAUGUAAUGACUGUGGAAAAGCAUUUGGACACAAGUCACACCUCAUCAUACACCAGCAAAUUCACACAGGGGAGAAACCUCAUGAAUGUAAUGACUGUGGAAAAGCCUUUGGACAAAAGUCAAACCUCAUGAAACAUCAGCGAAUUCACACAGGGGAGAAAGCUCAUGAAUGUAAUGACUGUGGAAAAGCAUUUGGAAGAAAGUCACACCUCAUCAUACACCAGAGAAUUCACACAGGGGAGAAACCUCAUGAAUGUAAUGACUGUGGAAAAGCCUUUGGAAGAAAGUCACAGCUCCUCAUACAUCAGCGAAUUCACACAGGGGAGAAACCUCAUAAAUGUAAUGACUGUGGAAAAGCCUUUGCACGAAAGUCAGACCUCAUUGUACACCAGCGAAUUCACACAGGGCAGAAACCUCAUGAAUGUUAUGACUGUGGAAAAGCCUUUGGACGCAAGUCAAACCUCAUGAAACAUCAGCGAAUUCACACAGGGCAGAAACCUCAUAAAUGUAAUGACUGUGGAAAAGCAUUUGGACACAAGUCACACCUCAUCAUACACCAGCAAAUUCACACAGGGGAGAAACCUCAUGAAUGUAAUGACUGUGGAAAAGCAUUUGGAAGAAAGUCACACCUCAUCAUACACCAGAGAAUUCACACAGGGGAGAAACCUCAUGAAUGUAAUGACUGUGGAAAAGCCUUUGGAAGAAAGUCACAGCUCCUCAUACAUCAGCGAAUUCACACAGGGGAGAAACCUCAUGAAUAUAAUGACUGUGGAAAAGCCUUUGCACGAAAGUCAGACCUCAUCGUACACCAGCGAAUUCACACAGGGCAGAAACCUCAUGAAUGUAAUGACUGUGGAAAAGCCUUUGGACACAAGUCACACCUCAUCAUACACCAGCAAAUUCACACAGGGGAGAAACCUCAUGAAUGUAAUGACUGUGGAAAAGCAUUUGGACACAAGUCAAACCUCAUGAAACAUCAGCGAAUUCACACAGGGGAGAAAGCUCAUGGAUGUAAUGACUGUGGAAAAGCAUUUGGAAGAAAGUCACACCUCAUCAUACACCAGAGAAUUCACACAGGGGAGAAACCUCAUGAAUGUAAUGACUGUGGAAAAGCCUUUGGACAAAAAUCAGACCUCAUAAAACAUCAGUGAAUUCACACAGGGCAGAAACCUCAUGAAUGUAAUGACUGUGGAAAAGCUUUUGGACAAAAAUCAGACCUCAUAAAACAUCAGCGAAUUCACACAGGGGAGAAACCUCAUAAAUGUAAUGACUGUGGAAAAGCAUUUGGACAAAAGUCACACCUCAUCAUACACUAGAGAAUUCACACAGGGCAGAAACCUCAUGAAUGUAAUGACUGUGGAAAAGCCUUUGGACAAAAGUCAGGCCUCAUCGUACAACAGAGAAUUCACACAGGGCAGAAACCUCAUAAAUGUAAUGACUGUGGAAAAGCCUUUGGACAAAAGUCAGACCUCAUAAACCAUCAGCGAAUUCACACAGGGGAG